UUCCCAAAAUACCCCUCACCCUCCUCGCUCCUUCUCUUCUCGCCCACCGCUUCCCCUCUCUCUCUCUCUCUCUCUACGAAUCGCCUCUCUUUCUCUCUCUUAGGGUUAGUGGGGCUAGGGUUUGCGCGAUCGUGGAGACGAUGCGAGGCGAGGACCAGCAAUCGCGGCUCAUCUACGAGCUAUGCGCCCUCCUCCUCACCAUCCUCCGCCCCCCCUCCCAUCCUCCGGCGACGAGGACGGGGCGGCGUGCGGUGGCGCCGGCGAGGGUGACGCCCGCGGGGUUCGCGUCGCUGCUGCUCGGGGCCUCGCUGGCGCUGAUGCUGUGCGGGUCGGUGACGUUCGUGAUCGGGUUCAUCCUCAUGCCGUGGGUGAUCGGGCUCGUCAUGGUAUUCUACUUCGUCGGCGUCGUCUCGAGCCUCUCCGGAUUGGGGAGGGCGAUCCUUUGCCCUGAUUCCCCCUCCUCCCCGAAGGAGAUCUCAGGUCCUCUCUUUUCCAAACUUCCAACUAUUUAGAUGUGAUAUGGUAUUUGCCGACAAAGUAGGUUCAAAUCGCGGCGGCUGGACUUAUUAACUUGCCCGGAGUUCGCUUUAAUUAAAACAGGUUUACAACUUCUUUAAACCCCCAGCUACUUUUUUCUUUUAUUUGGAUUAAUAUGUUGUACUUAAUAUCGGUCAUAUACUGUUUUCACGUGCCUCCUCUUCUGAUCUACACUUUAUGUGAAGAGAUGCAACUUGCUAAAAGGAGCAAUUUGAUAUUAACGUAAAUAUAUGAUGUUCUUGUGCUUA